AGGUUGGGCUUCUUCUUUGAAGUUCACACAGCAAACGACUCAGUCCAUUGGCAGGUAGUCAGUUCAGCCACUUCCUCUCAACACGAAAACAUUAAGAGUGAGGCAAUCCGACACAACCAGGACAGAAAGACACAAAGAAAAGCUUCAGUUUGUGCAGAAAGAGUCAUGGACGCCCUGAGGUCAGGUGUAUUUCUGCUGUUUGUCCUGCUGCCUGUCUGCUCUGCGGAGACGUUCUUCACUCACCCUCACAUCUGCUACUUCCUGGAUGCGUUUCUGACCCUUUACUGCAUCAUUGCCACCGGGCUCUUCUUCAGGGAAAAGUUUGUCGCCUUAUCUCUGACUGAUGAAAAGGGAGAUAAGGCAUGCAUUUACCAGGAGCUUGACAGAGCAAAGGAUACAGAUGCUUACGAUGUGCUCCAACCUUCAAAAGGGAAAAAAAAAAAAGCUGCCAAGAAAAAUAAAUCUGAGUCGACCCAAGGUGUGCCGGAUAAAGAUCCCUACGAGUCUCCGGCGGCGGCCUCAGCUCCCCUCGAGUCCUAGAUCUGAAACAACUAGAUGAUUAAUCGAUCAAAACAAAUCGACUAUUUUGAUGAUCAAUGAUUGUUUAAGUGAUAAAUCGAGAAAGAAAUGCAAAACAGUUCUUUACAUUAAGCGUCUCAAAAAGGAUGAUUGUGUUAUUGUGUAGCAUUUAUAUUGACUAUUUUCUGCUUGUAGCCUAGCGUGAUAGCAUGCUAACAUUUACUAGAUAGCACUAAACAAAGUAUAACAGAAGCUGAUAGGGAUGUUAAUACAUCUACACAGACCUCAUAGUGACAUGAUGAUUUAGCCUGAUAGCAUGCUAUCAUUUAUAAGUGUUAAACAUAAAGUAUACUAGAAGCUGAUAGGUAUAAUACAAAGUAUUUAAUAUAACUUUAGACCUUAUUGCUAGAUUAUUUAGGGUGUGUUAGCAUGCUAACAUAAAUGAAUGCUUAUCACAUAGUAUAGCAGAAGCGGUUAGGGAGUCCAAGAAGUCUUUUAUUUAACUUAAGACCUUAUUAUGCUAACAAUGCUAAACGCAAUGUAGGCUAAAGCAGAAGCUGAUAGGGAUGUAAACAAGCCCUUUAUGUAACUUAAGACAUCACAGUGUCUACAUGUUUUUUUAGUGUGUUAGCAUGAUACAAUUAAUUAGUGCUACACAUAAAGUAUAGCAGAAGCUGAUAGGGUCAUAAAUUCUGUCGCUUGUUUAACUUUAGAAGUUAUUGGGCACAAAAUGAAAAAAAGCCUGCAUGGCUUAGAAUGUGUGCUUCUGAAUAUCAAGCUGUAACUGAAUGCCAAUAAAAGACAAAGCACAUCAAAACACUUGGAAAAUGGUUUAAUGAUGUUUACAACAAAAGAGAACUGUACAUUUACAGUAAAAGAUUAUUUUUAUAUGUGUAUAAAAACAAAACAAACAAAAAUACAGCAGACAAAUGCAUCAAAAUCUACUAUGUAUCCUGAUUCACAUACUUAAAACUCCUACACAACCUUUCAGUUCUACGCCGUACUUUACGGCAGUAUUUUUAGUUGUUUUUUUCCUUGUAGUCAAAUCAGAGCAGUUUCUCACAGAGUUGUUGUCCAUGAUGGAAAUCAGGACUCCUUAAAUUAGAGUCCUGGAACGACAAUUAUUAUCAGACGGCAGAGUAAGAAACAGGGAAAUAAAUCAGGGACACAUUCCUUUAGAUGAGCCCAAGCUUUCCAACGUGAGUAGUACAUGUGUUACAUAAUGCAGUUCUUGAGAUACACAAACAUAUUAUGUACAUGGUUGGCAUUUUUUUUUUGGUUUUCUCAUUUUUCCUAUCUUGUUGAAAGCCAUGGUCACACACACACAUAACACACCCCAAAAACAUACAAAAAUACUAUAUCUUUAACCUACCAAGAGUAAGACAGUUCUGCAAUUAGUUCCAUGCUGUGACAGAAAAAAAAGAGAUUACAACAAACGAGAAACUUUUCACGCAAGAUUUUCUCAGAAAUAUACCAAAAUAUACAUCUAAGCUUUGGAAUCACUGAGGCUAGGACUAAAGCCAGUGCUGGGUUUGUCUCUUAAUACACAUGCUGCAGGGUGGAAGGGAGAGAAGGACAGAGAAAGACACAGGACAGAGAGAUAUCUUUGGUAUCUGCAUUUGUCAAAAGUUAAAUAUUUGGAUUUUUGCUUUGGGAUAGCGCUUGUGAGGUCCUUCAAACCUCACUCGGAGUAAAGCCUUAAACAAAGUGUCACUGGGACACAGUCCAUGCAGAGUGACAGGACCAUGAUGCAUAGUGUCACAGCGGAUCAGAGUCUGUAGUGAAGAGACGAUGGCAAAGGAGGAAGCAGAAGAGGAGGGAGGAGGGGACACAGCAGUGAGUUUAGGAUGUGUAUUCCUGGAGACAACAGGGUAAAAUGUCCUGGGACUAUACAGUGUGAUGAGGAAGAGACAGAGGCAGGAAGAGCAGUUUCACCGCAGUCCUUGAGAGAGAGAGAAAGAGUGGACGGGGAAACAUAACAACAAACAUACAGUCCUGAGCAUGUACAGUGUGCACAGGAUUAACCCUCAGUGUGUAUUAACAAACAUCACCCAGCUACCAAAAGAUUAUGUCUGUGGGAGAAGCCCGUUCGGCCCCUUUUCGACCCCCCGUCCCACCUCCGAUCCCCGCCCACAGGCACUGAAACCGCCGAGUGUUUUUUCGGGGCGGGUACACAUUCACAUGCAG